AACGGUAGGGAAGAUGAUUUAUAAACAAAAAAUGAGCUUAGAAAAUGCGAAUUACAAUCAAGUAAACUAAAUAGUUUAGUCCUAUUGUGAUUAAUUAGAAUAAACAAUACCAGGAGCAGUGAAUGUCGUUACAAUAUUGAAAAAAUGGCAUCAGUAAACGUUCGUGAUCAAAAAAUCGAACAGCAACGUCAGUUGAUGGAACUUAAAAUGAAACAGAAAAGGCAAAAUUCAGGAAUGGUUCAAGCAAACGAUUUGAGAGUAGGGUCAGCAAAACGGCCCAUAUCAGGUAGUCGUAGCCGGGAACUACAUGGCUAUGAUGGUCCGAUGCAAUUUCUCAUGUCACCUGUAAACCCAGAUCAAGUUAUACCUCUCCAAACUAAUAGAAUAUCAACAUAUGACGAACUCGGAAAUCAAAUAGAAGUAUUAACUAUUGAUGAUGACAACAGUGGUGAAGAGGAAGAAGAGAGUGUGCCAGUGUGUAGUGUCGGACGGGAUGCAAGUACAGAUGAUAUAUGUGCUGAUGCUGCAGUAGCACCGAUGCAGGCCAGGGUACCAAGGAGAGACGAUUCUCCUAGUCAGACGGCUGAAAUCGAAGGAUCCGUUGAAGGCGCAGUGGAAACCUUCGUAACUACCCCAGCGAAGCACGGUACAUUGUACAAGUGUCGCAUAGCUAGGGACAGGAAAGGAAUGGACCGCGGUCUGUAUCCUACUUACUUCCUACAUUUGGAGAAAGAUUACGGAAAAAAAGUAUUUUUACUAGCCGCUCGCAAGCGGAAAAAGUCCGCCACAUCGAACUACCUGAUAUCGACCGACCCGACGGAGCUGACCCGCCAGGCCGACAGCUUCGCCGGCAAGCUCCGCUCCAACCUGCUCGGGACCGCCUUCACCGUGUACGACAACGGGAAAGCCUGGCGGAAACACGACCACGCGAAAACGAGAUACGAACUGGCCUCUAUUAUUUACGACACCAAUGUUCUGGGAUUCAAGGGACCGCGCAAAAUGACCGUGAUCCUACCGGGAAUGACGCCCGAUCGGCAGCGAGUGGCCAUCGUGCCGCAAGACGACAGCGAGACCCUAUUAGAACGACUGAAGAGUCAAAACUAUGACGACAUCGUGGUGCUUCACAACAAGACGCCGGUGUGGAAUGAAGAAACACAAUCAUACGUGCUCAAUUUCCACGGAAGGGUGACGCAGGCAAGUGUAAAAAACUUUCAGAUAGUUCACGAUUCGGAUCCCGAAUACGUGGUGAUGCAGUUCGGUCGUAUAUCCGAAGAUGUCUUCACUAUGGAUUUUAGGUAUCCGCUGUGCGCUCUCCAAGCCUUCGGUAUAGCUCUCAGUUCUUUUGAUAGCAAGUUGGCGUGCGAAUGAGCCUGUGUUCUAUGUUGUCUAAUUUUUAAGAAUAUGAGGGUAUCUCAAAGAUUUCUCUUAACACACAAUUGAGCACGGGAUAUAUCGUUGGAUAGUUGUGUUUUGGUACAGUACUUACGUUUUCGCAUAUUCAGUUUGUUGAUUACAUUGAUAUAAUUGACAUAAUUAGUACCAUUUAAAUUCAUAACUACUGCUCACAAUAAAAUCGUUUAGAAUGUCCCCAUAUUUUUAAUUGCAUACAGUUAAGUUAGUUCAUUAAAUUGAAAUAAUUCCAACAGGCGUCGAAUGUAGCUCGAUUUGUAAACAUGAUGUAUUCAAAUUCGCAUUUAAAAUUCAUUUAACAAGAAUAUUUGUACAAGAGACAAUUUCACCGUUUAACUAACCUCUAAAUAUUGAUUACGGGAUUAUUACAAUUUUUCCACAGUGUUAUUGUUUGACCCUUUCAUCUUAACCAUCUGUAGUUGUCUCAUUGAAAACGUUUAUAGAGUAACCAUAAACAUACAUGGGUACUUCAAAGCAAGUUUAUUAUGAUAAGGUUAUUUCUAAUAUACUAAUAUUGCUACGUUCGCCAUCUGUCGUAAUAAAAACAAUUUAAAUAUAAAAAUAAACGCACACAAUUAAUUUCGGUGCUUGUCGUGACUUAGGUUGUGUUAAUGUUUUCGCCAUUCAUCGACUUGUAAUAAUCGAUUAUCUAUUAUCUAAGUUUAUGAACUAGGAAUUGAUUUACGAUAGUAUUCUAUAAGGAAUUAUUCUCCGGUCCAAGUAUUUGGACACUUCUUACGACAUUAUUAUAACUUGAGUUCAAUUUAUUAAAUACGUAAAAUACCGUAAGUAAAUUAUGUUCAAAAGAAAAAAACGCCAUACGUUAAACCUUCGUACAAAGUACCGACUAAUAUCGACGCAUUACACUAUGUACUAGUCAUUUAAUUUAGUUUAUAGUUUAUUUUUUGGAAAAGAUGGACUAAAAUCAUGGUAGAAAUAUAUUUGUGAAGAAUUCACAGGUUUUUGUUGAAGUAAAGGCUGUUUUGAUGAGUUUUAAAUUUUACACGUAACAGGGUGAACCUUGAAUAAUCUUGUUGCCCCUGAAAUAAUGUACUAAAAUUGCCAGAACAGUAUUAUCUAUUAGUUUUUAAUGGGUUUAAAUCAGGGUUCCCAAACUUAUUUUGUCUACUGCCCUCUUUGAGAAUAAAUUAUUUUUAGCGCCCCCAUUUUUUCACCUACUAAAAACCACUAUAGCAAGAGCUCAGUCGGUGUAUAAAAGUCCUUCUAGAUGAAAUAACAAGUCGCCUCCCAAGCCUCCACACAGGGCCCCCAUUUUUUUCUGGGUAUCUUACCACCCCCUUUAAGACUGCAGCGCCUACAAGGGGGCGUUAUCGUCCACUUUGAGACAGGCUGGUUUAAAUAAAUGUAUACAAGUGAAGUGACUAUGGGGGCAGCACGUUCCUCGUAGAUGGCCGCUGGGGCCAUAAAGUUCUCGAGUGGGACCGCGCAUUGGUGGGUGUAUCGUUUUUAGCCCUCUCGCAAGGUCCAACCAUUUGUGGUCGCCGGAAUUCGCUGAACUUGGGACGCGGGCAUUAUGGCGAACCUUGGGGUCCGGUGUCCAAUAGUGGAUGCCUAAAGCUGAUGAAUGGAUUCGUACUUACAUACUUUCUAAGUUACAAUAAUCUCAGACAUAGAUUUAUUUAAUCGAUCGAUCCUUUUAACCUGUCAAUCUCCAGGCCCUUUGCAUAUUAUCAAUGCGCAAAUAAUAAAAAGGGAAUCAAUGUCUUGCUACAUACAUUAGACACAUAUAGCAAUUAGAGCAUCUAUCUUUGGACGUUUUAACGAACUUCACAUUAAGUCAAGAUGCAACAAACAACAAACCAAAGGAACCUUUUGUUUACGUGCCGCUGGAGUCUUUUCAAUAACACAUCUCUCUCUCUCUCUAUCCAUUUAUUCACAUGUAGAAAGAUAUUUUGUUAAGAUUAUUUCAAGUUUUGUAACCGAUCGAUAAAUCGUUAAAAAUGACAAUAUUCAUUUUCUCGUAACUAUCUAACCUAAUCCUCAUACCCGCGACGUUUGCCCAAGUGGCUAUUAAUCCAGAACAUACGACGAACAUACGAACAUAUUUACGAAUUAAUUUUAGUGUCAUUCAAAUGUAUAACGAGAUCGUAGAUAAAACCUAUCGGGGCAUUGAAACCAUUAAAUCCGAAAAAAGGCAGAUCAAGGCGACCUACAGAGUUUGAAUUCAUUUGAUUCAAUCGCCUCAACAAUGGGUCACAACGUCUUUGAUUACAAAAAAAUAUCACUACUAAAGUCUGCCACAAGUAUUUAUAUUGUCGACACUCUUCAGUUAUGAUGGAUAUUAAACAAGAGGCUGUUGGGCUGUGCGUUCUGUGACACGUAGAUGCUGUCCACGAUCUCAGGAAUUAAAUGUAUCCUAAUAAGCACAAAGCUUUACGUUUAUUUAAUCAUAAACUCAAAGUCAACGGCGUCAACGCCAUUUUGUGUUACCGCUUCAAAAUGGCGGGUAAAAUCUACAAUCUAUCUUUUCUUAAGUUAAUCGAUGUGAGUGCGUCAACGAGCUUUUAGUGUUUUGUGAAUUGUGAAUAAAAUAAUGUAUGUGUAAUUUAGGAUUAAGAUACGCAAGUCAAAUCACAAAAGUAAUGUGUGUAUAUCUGAUUUCGCUUCGUCGAAUUUGUAACUCUUAACGAAUGUUAGCCUUUCAUAAUUUAUUUCUAAACAUAUCUUAGAUUUGUAUUGAUAAAAUAUAACAUACCGGUCUAGGUUUCUGAUACUAAAAUAACUUUUUAGGGUGAUAAAAUAUAAUAAACUAUAUUUACUUUUGUAAUAUGUAUGUAAAAUGAAGAUGUGCGUCUUGUCUUUUUACCGCUUGGAUGAUUCUCACUGAAGCUGUGGAGGGAGGUUUAAAAUCCUUUGCUGUGAUUUGAUGUAGAGCUUUUGUAUGGGCGCACGCUAGCUCUGUUUCCGGAUUCAAUAUGCCCUUAAACAUUAAAAGAGAAAGAACGAUCCGUAAAGUUUCAAGCAGUGUGCUUAGUGCGAGUUUUUUAAUGUUUUCGAUAGCGUAAAAGCUAACUCAAAUUUCUAUGUACUUAGAACGUUUGCCUACGUUUGUCGCUAGGCCCUCGCUAGGGGUGCUGAUAAGCUGGGUACUCACCUAGCCGUGUAGCACGUAACGUAACAGAUACAGUAUCCAGUGAGUACGUGGGCACGAGCCCGCUGCGAGCCGCUCGCGGAAGGAGCGCAGCAAGUUCGCAGUGACCCGCUGAGUGGCGGUAUCACUGCGAACACAAAGGCGGCUCGCAGUGUGCUCGUGGCAACUCGUAGCUAGAUAUGCUGUAGACCGUGGACCAGCCGUACCCACUUGCAGGUUGAUACAGUAUCUGUUACGUUACGUGCUACACAGCUAGGUGAGUACCCAGCUUUACAACUGCAUACAAAUUAUAUUUAAGUUAACUUUUACGCUAUCGAGAACGUUAAAAAACUCUCAUUAAGCACACAGACUGCACUAAGCUGACUGCAAGCCGCAUCCACAAGACACGACGUAUAUCUUGUUUGUGAUUAUUGUUUUAUUUCCAUGACGCAUGUGAAUGACUGAAAAUCCUUUUAUGCACUUAGAUAAUCCUAUAUGUUCACAACCCAUUGAUUCACUUCAAUUUAUUGUACUGUAAAUAUAACCUCACCAUAUUAUAAAUUAAUUAUGGAUUUUAGUGUAUUGUGCCUUUUAAAAUAGGUUAAAAUUAAAUGUUUGUGCCUUUUAUUUUCAUGUCUACUAUGUAUUUUGUACCUGAAGCUUUUAAUAGAUAAAACAACCUUUAGAAAAAUUGCUUUUUACACCUCGAUAAGUACUGUGUUUAGGUAAUUUUAAGAAAAUGUUAGGUAAUACAAACAUGUGUUAGAAUUUAUUACCUAUGUAGGAUGUUAUCGGUGUAUAGAGUAGUGUUUGUGAGUUAUCAAAAUAUGUCCAUUAAAAUAUUUAAAACAUCUAAAUAAUAUCUUUGCAAAUUGUCAAAUUUUAUGUUUUGAUUGCUCUAUUUUUAAUUAUUACAUUUACCUGAGUGUAGAAUGAUCCAAUAAUAAAUAUAAUUCAUUUCAAACUUACAAUAAUGCAUCACUUAUUGAUUAAACACAUUAAAUUAUAUUCUAGAAAUACAUUUUGAGAAUGAUCGAAAUGGGAUUUGCAGUAUUAUUAGAUUAAAAAUAUCAAUCGGCAAUUUCGUAUUAGCAAGUAUAUGGUGUUAUUUUUAGAUCAAUCACAUAGAGAUAUGUAAUUUAUGCAUUCCAUAUUUAUUUAAUUUGUGAUACAAAAUCAUGUAUUUUGAA